CGCAAGUAAUAUGCGCACAAAUAGUUUGGAUCGAAAAUUCUGAAAUAUUUACAAAAUGAUGCAGGACAAAGCACUGUUUGAAGCUAAUUGAGAACAACCUCAAAAUGGAUAAACCAGAAACAAUUUCCGGUGUAAGAUCUGUCCCAGAGGCGGUCGGUCUGAAACCAUGUAAGGAUGCUUCACGAGAGGAAUUUGAGGCCCAAGAUCAAUUACUCGUUGUGGAAAGAACUCCAACAUCUGCUGACACUAAUACUGAUUCCAAUGUUGGCAACAUUGUUGUCAAUGAAGCCAUAGAAAGUGCUGAAAACACAGAAAAAUGUGUUGAAAUGCCCAACAGUAAAUGUAUCAAUGAAACGGAAGAAAAUCUUGCCUCGGUUUCAGAACAAUCGAAAAAUACUGGCAUGUCAUCACCAGUCAAUGAAUGUCCAACUUUAGUCGAAAACAUAAGUCACCCUGCUGCAUUGUUAGAUAAAUUGAAACUGCAGAAGGAAGCGGGACGAUUUUGCGAUAUUGAAAUUAUUGUUGGUGACAAUAAAUAUCCUGUUCAUAAAUGUGUUUUCGCAGCGUCUAGUGCAUAUUUCGAUGUACAUUUUACAACAAGUUCUGUGCAACAGUUAAAUAUCGACUGUGAGGAUACUCAGGUGAUCGAGGCCCUUAUUAAUUAUGUGUAUACUGGGCAAAUAAUUGUGAAUAUAAACAAUGCUAUUGAGCUUCAACGUCUCGCAAAUCUUUACAUGCUUGUUGAUCUGAGUAAAGGACUGGAGCAGUACAUACAACAAACAUUUACAGAUCAGUUGAGAAAAGAUUUAAACAUUACUCCAGAUAUUUUGCCUGUGGCAUCAAAACUCAAUAAAUCAUUAAAGGAGCAGAAUUCAAAUGUAAAAUUGAAGAAAGUGAAAUCAGAUCAAGAGCAAACUGGAAAACACAAUAUCAAUACCAAUGACUCGGAAGAACAUGAACCUGUCAUUAAACGGAAACGAGGACGUCCAUUUAAGAAAGAUAAGGUUAUAAAGGAUGAGGAAUCUGUGAUACAAAAAGAUCUUGAGAAUGAAAAAUUGGUGGUGAAUCCAUUGUCAGAUGAUGAAGACAUAAUCCAAGAGAAGACUUCAGUAACAACAAGGUCAAAGAGAACUGCCACCAUGAUAUUGACUCGAAGAAAAGGCAAACCAAUGAAACAUCCAACAUUUGAUUUACUUAAAUGUGAACAUUGUGAUUUUAAAUCACGAAGAACAGACCUUUUGCAACGUCAUACACUUAUAAAGCACAACAUCGGUGAAGGUAACAGUAAUUUUACCGCAAAGGUGAAAUUUACAUAUAAAUGCCAAGAGUGCGAAUUUAAGGCAGACUCUAACAAAGAUCUUGUAGAACAUUAUAAAACUCACUUUGAUGGACCACCUUACAAAUGUGAUCAGUCUGGGUGCAAGUACAAGAAUAACAAUGUGAAGUAUCUCCUUAUGCACAAAGUGCGUCAUGGAUCAGUGAAGACGCAUAUAUGUUCCAUAUGUUCUGCUGGGUUCUGGUCCAUGUAUGAGUUAAAGACACACAUGAUUAAACACACUGGAAACAAGGAUUUUGCAUGUGACCAGUGUGAAAGUAAAUUCUACACUAGAAAUGAACUUAGUCAACACAAGUUUGUCCACAGCAAAGUAAACUCAUUCCUGUGUGAUGAAUGCGGCUUCUCAACUAAACACAAAGCAACAAUUAUAAGACAUAGAAAAAUCCACACAGGUGAUUUGUUCCAUUGUCAAUUUCCUUCUUGUAAGUACUCAACGCCACGUCGUACAUUGAUGGAUGCCCACACAAGGUGUCAUCUGAACAUUAGAUCACACGUCUGUACAACUUGUGGCCAAGCAUUUGUAGAGAAGAGUAAUCUGAAACGCCAUGAGAGAACUCAUUUACCAUACAAACCAUUCCCAUGUACCAUGUGUGACUUUGCUUGUUUCCGUAAGGACAAAUUGAAGGAUCACCUCAAGAAGCAUCAUGGUGUUGAAACGGAAAGUCCACCAAAGGCCAACAAUAACAACAAAACAUUGCCGAGAUUCAAUCGUUUUGCUGUAAAAAAGUUCAGCUUGUCUCAGAAUCAGGGGAAAACUGUUGAAGUAAGUGUCGACAGUGAAGAGAAAGUUACAAACCAAGUGAGCACACUUGAUAGUCAAGAAAAUGUAACUCAACAAUCAGCUGUAACUGGGCAGACAAUAACAUCACUUGAGCCCCAACAAACAAUAGACCAGCCUUCUGCCGUUGACAUACCCUCUAAUGUGGUCAUACCUGUCUCUAACAGCCUUGUGGCCACACAGGGGAACAACAUGGAACAAGUGCUCCAGGGUGAACAAUCCAUGGGUGAAGAUCAACUAAUCAUUGCCCAGAGUUACUCAGAUGAGCACAUCUAUAUAAGUCAGGGUGAAAAUAUUAAUAUUGCAGCCCAAGGAGGUCAAGAUUCUCAGAGUCUUCCUAUUAAAGGAGACACUGCUACUAAUCAGCAAGGCCAACUUGAUCAACCAAAUCAGAUCCUGAUAGCUACAACACCUGGUUCAACCUCCAACCAGCUACAGGAGUUGGUAUCUCAGACUAUUGGUACAAUUGCUGACAGCCAACAGGAAGAUGGUGUCAUGAAAUGGGAGAUUGUAGCAACAGAUGCAAGUCAGGGAGAGCUACAAGAAGGCCAGAUUAUACAACUACAGAGAGAUAAUAACGGGGAACAAAGUGAGGGCCACAUUAUACAUAUACAUCAGGAAGAGGGUCUUGCUCAAAUUCAGCCAGAUCCUAACAACCCACAGCAUUUCAUACAGGUCCCACUAAUUCGCAAUGCUGAUGGGGUACCUGUCACAGAUCCUGCCAUAUAUCAACAGCAAUAUGCCUCAUAUACACAUAUGUUACUAAACCCCAACAUAAUGAUGUAAGUGUACCUCUUAUGAACACCCCACUCAUAAAGUUUGGCAACCCAAGUUUACCCUUAUUGGACCAUGAUGAAGCCUGUUUAUAUUGGUCAGUUUAAAAAUAUCAUAUUUGCUUUUGUUACCUUAUAUU